GUGUAAGCCAGAAGCUGAUUGGAGCGUGAGACUGGUUCAACUCAAACAGUGCAGGGGGAGGAGCCGGGAGGAGUAGGAGGCGGCAAGAGAAGGGAGCUCCCGGUGCUGAUGUGUUUCUGUCAGCAAAGUUUCCAGUUGUGAUGUUAUAAGUUCUCAAUGGUAAUAUCAUCCUCAUCAUGCCUGCCACACAUGAAUCGCAGUUAGAAGCAAAUAUUGACCAUGCCUUGAGUACAAGAGGACCAGACCUUCGCCCCCUGAAAGCAUUUCUGCUGAAUGAAUCUUGUGCCGGCGGAUCCCAGAAAUGCAGCAAAUUCCUCCUUGGAAAACUUCACAAACUGAUAUGCAGGGAGCUUGAUAACAGAGGAGUAAAGGAAGCAUCACUGGUUGUUAAUGUAAUACAUAAAUUUGCCAGCAGUAUGACAUUAAAUAACGAGGAAUGGCUGACUGCUUCUAUAAAACAGGGGCUUGUUGAAAAGAUGAUUAUAUGGUUUGAAAAGUCAACAGAUCUUUUGUCUUAUGGUGAAAACCAGAAAAAUGAAACAAUUCUCAACUUUGCUGAAGAUUUUUUCGAUGUUGUAAUGCUCGUUCAUGACCACAGUAGUGAGGGAAAAAUGCAGAUAUUAGAGCAUUUUCUUGUCCGGGCAUGUUCCUUAAUAUCCAACGCCGCUGUAAAUAUCUUCGUUAAACAAGAGGCAGCACGAAAGCUGAAUUUAAUGCUGGAUACUAUGCCUCUGGGUGCCAGAAAGAAAAUCCUUGUCACAGAAGAGAUGACGUCUGUCAUGACAUCUAUGGCUAGGAGAAUAUUAGAUGUUGGAGAUUAUGAUUUGCAAGUGGCCAUCACAGAAGCUUUGUGUCGAAUGAUAUCAGCAACACAGAGAGGAGAACUUGCGAGUCUGUGGUUUCCCAUGGAAUUUGUCUCUGAAGCAUUCAAAGCAAUAAAGGAUUCUGAAUUUGAAACUGACUGUAGGAAAUUCCUUAAUCUAAUCAAUGGGAUUUUGGGAGACAAACGAAGUGUUGUUACCAUGCCUUGUCUGUCUGUAUAUCUCGACAACCACAAGCUCCAGAUACCAUGUGACGAAAACCUGGAAGAAUUCUGGAUUGAUUUUAAUACUGGAACCCAAAGCAUUUCUUUCUAUGUUUCUACAGAUGCAGCAGAGGAUCAUCAGUGGGAGACAGUUUGCAUGACAGACAGUGAUGUGAUUGUGUACAGUAUUGAAGAAGUAGACAAUAACAAGUUACUAACAGUGGAUAUGAAAGCUCCAAUUGCCAUUGGCCAUUAUGAAGGCAAGCAAAUACGCAUAUACUUCAGUUAUACUUUGGAUAUUUUGGAUGCUACCAGGAGAGUUUUUGCUGCACAUAAGAAUAAGGGGUUUAUUAAAAAACAAACGGUGUCAGAAGCAGAAACAACAGUCCGUAUCAUAUUUGAGGAGAGUGGAUCUCAGGUCCUUCUUUCUGAAAGCCAAGGGUCCAUUUCUUCUGUAAAACCUGUGACUGAAUCAGAUGUCAGAGACAUUGCAGGGAUAAACCAGAGUCUCAAGCAAACUACAUGUAGCAAUGAGCAAGACACUAACAGCUCAAAGCUUGCAACUCCCAUUAAAAGUAAAGUUUCAGAAGUAUCAAUGGUUUUUCCUGCCUCCUUUGGACUGAAGAUUACAAACAUAGCAGCAAACAACGCAUCUAGGAAACUUAGGAUAAAACCUCCUUUAGAAAUGGUAAGGUCUGCUGAAAGGAAGACUCUAAAUGAAACCAGAGGUGGGUCUCUGUGCAGGGACGAAACUCCUAAACUGCCAAAGCAUAAAUCCAUUGCAGAGAAUACAGAUGCUGCAUGUAAGUCUGAAGACGUAAAUAAACUCCUGAAAGAUGACUCAAAUGAGAUUGUGCCAGACACACAAUUUUGUGCCACAAAGGAUACAUUUUUACUGCGUGGUCUCACCAAGAGGAAGCAGGAAAACUGUAUUGGUCUCAAAGAUAGAGUAAGCAUAUCAUCUGGAUAUAUUGCUAAUCAAGAAAAGAUCAGCAGCCUCGUUGUCAAGCAGCAAUUAGUAUCUGUAGGAGAACGAUCUCCAAAACAGACGAGUAAACGGAACAAAACAGAAAAUCAGUGUAUACAAGCACGUAAAGUUAAAAAUAAGCAGAAAAGUCCUGCCAGUGUUUCCAAACUGCCUCAGUCUAAAGACUCAAGUGCUAAAUGCAGGAACGAUGCCGAAAAGAAUUUUGUUUCCAAACCGGACACAAAUUUGAAGAUGGAGUUCACUAGAGCUAAUGAAAUAUCCACAACUCAUGCAAAGGAAACAUCUACAGAAAAAUAUAACCAGCCCAGCAGAAGGAAGAUUUAUCAAAGAUCAUCAGAAUCAGGCAUUCUCAAAUGCCCUGACAAAAGCAUGAAAGAGAAACCUAAAGAGAUGACAGACACAGCCAACUUGUUAAUUAAGAACAUCAGAAGAAAAUACACGGGGGUGACUGAGGAAAAUAAAAGAGAAGAGACCAUGUUUGAGAGGAAAAAGAUCAACAAACAGUCCCUGCUUGCAAACAAGGAUAAAAAUAGAACAAGAGGCUUCAAUCUGAACAGCACUAAAGAUUUUCAGACAAAGAAAAAAGAGCUGUGGAAUGAUGUUUAUAAUUUCCAGCUUAGUGCAACUGAUGAUCCAACAAUAAAUCUUGGGAUAUCAUCAGCUACUGUGUCGGAGAAGAUGAGCAGCAACGUUCUGGCAAGUUGGUCGAAAUCAACUAAAGACAAGCAGAAGGACAAGACAAACACAGAGAAAAUGUCUAAAGAUCAAUGUAAGCAUCUAUUCAGUGAUUCUGAUACUGAGAGUGGGGCUGAAGAGACUAAAACCAAUGUUAGCUGGUUACAAGAGCCACAUGGCAAAAAGAAACCUAAUCUAAGCUAUAGAAGUCAAAAAGCACAGAAGAAACAAGAACAAGCCAUGGCAAACAAGAUAAUGUCGGUAACAAAAAUUAAUUCAUCAGAGCCAAAUGCAGGCAAGAAACCAUAUACCUCAAGUGAAGGCAAUAAGAGUAGAAACCUCAAGCAUCCUCGGAGAGCAGCCACCAAAAGCACCAACUAUAAAGACCUCUCCAACUCCGAGUCAGAAACUGAGGUGCCAUUUUCAUCCCUGAAAAAAAAGGAACCUUUUGAACUAUAUAAAGCACAGAAGAAUCUGAUGAAAAAAACAAAAAACGGUGAAAAGAAUAAUCUCAAAAACACGCAAAAAAAAUGUUUGCAAAAUGAUACCCAAAAACAUUGCAAAGUCACAAAUAGGAACCAACAUGAACCAACCUACUCCCCACCCGCAAGUCCUGCUCCUUCUAUCGAGCAAUUCAGAUCCAAAGAAUAUGAUUCUGAUCCCCAACUAUCACCUAGACAUCAUACAUUUGACAGACUGUCUUCUCCUUCGUUCUCUGCCUCAUCCUCUUUGAAAGGAACUCCAGUAAAAUCAAAGGAUGUUACAGCAACAACAAUUUGUACAACAGAAAUAAAAUACAUGCACCACAAAUGGACAGAGUCCAGCAGCAAGUCUGGAACCAAGAUCGGAAAGCGUGAUUCCAGCACAAGUGGAAAAGAAACAACAUCGUCAAUUUACAGCCUGGUUUCCAAGCCCACACUGACUAAUUUUACCUUGGAUCAGUCUCUUGUCAAUACAAAUAUUAAAAUUCCUGGCACAGAGACAAUGUCCAGAAAGCAGAUGGAGCAAGAGGACAGUAGGCUUGUCUCUGAUCAGUCUGGGCCUGAAAUGAGAAUACCAAGCACCGAAGUACGUAGAAUUAACACCAAAGUAUCUGUAAAUAGCCUGAAGCGCAACCACGGUGAUAUCAGCAUCCAUGAUGACAGUAUCAGCAUCCAUGAUGACAUAAACCCAGAAAAACAUAAAAAGCCGGGAUUCCAUGGAAAGCACAAAAAAUGCAAGUUACUCCCGCGAAGACUGUUUCAGUCUCCUGAUAAAGGAAAGAGCACCUGCAGAGGUUCGGAGACCCUGUCCACACUGUCAGGAAAUGAGGCCUCCAAUACAGGCUUGGAUACCUGGGAAGGGAAUGGUCCUGAAGUAGGCAUAAUCUGCCAGGAAAUCAGCAGGGAAUUUACUAGAAAAGUACAGACUCGCUCCAGAAAAAUGGACUCUUUCACAAAACAGUCUCUGAAAUCAGUUCAGCACCAUCUGACGUCUUUGGGUACGCAGGUCCGAGACUUCAGGAUAAAGGGCCUGGACCAGUUCCAACAAACCAUCAUAGAAGAGAUUGAAAAGUUUGAAAACGAUUCUCAGGCACUGAAAAAUAUGGAAAAGGAAUUUACAGCUUUCUGGAAAAAGCAAAUGCAAGUGCUCAGCGCAUAUCACCAGAAUGAAGAGAAGAGAAUUCAUCAACUCAGAUCCUUAUUUGAGAAUAACACAUUUCAGAAUGUGGAAUACGAGGAAGGCAUUUUUAAUUCCGAGAUGCAUCUUAUGAAAGACGACAUGAAGCAGUUUCAAGAACGACUUCUAAAAGAAAUGCAAGAAGAGGAGCUACACAGUGUGCGGAGGGGUCUGCAGUCGCUUUUUAUGGCUGGAGCAAGGAAUCUAUAACACAAGGCCUACAAAACCCAUCAGGUUUAAUUUUGCUUUCCUGAAUCUGAUUGUACAAUGACAUUGGCCCGUUGGCCUCCUCUCGUGUAAAAUGUUACUGUUUGUUUCACAUUUUAUUGUUCUCUCGUGAUGCUGUUACCUGUACGAUUUUAAACUAUUGGCUGAUUAAUUAUUAUUACUGUUAUUAAAUAAACACAAAAAAAAAAAAAACACUUGUCAGACAUAAGAAGCUUUACCCAUUCA